UGGGGCCACACCCAUUGGUAAGGACAUAAAUAGUGAGGUUUCACGUUGGUCAUUAGAGCCACCUGCCUUCACCAUGAAGUCCAAGAGCCUCUUCUUCGUCGUGGCAUUUCUUGCCUUGGGAGCUCUGGAAGUACUGGCUGUGGAAGGUUCUGGGAAAAAAAGUCAGAAAGCUGGAGCCUGCCCUGCUAGAAAACAUGUCCUGUGUGCUAGACUUGAUAAGCCUGAAUGCAACAGUGACUGGCAAUGUCCAGGGAAGAAAAGAUGUUGCCCUGAUUUCUGUAGCACCAGCUGCCUGGAUCCUAUCAACAUCUCAAAAUCAGCAAGGAAGAAGCCUGGGAAGUGCCCAGUAGUCAAUGGUGAAUGCCUGAUGAUUAAUCCCCCCAAUUUCUGUGAGAAGGAUGGCCAAUGUGAGGGUAAACUCAAGUGCUGCAAGACCAUGUGUGGGAAAGCCUGUGUUACCCCUCAGUAAGCUUGAUUCCUGUCAUUUGUGCAAGACUCUGGAUUUAUGCUGUGUGUGUCCUGGGAAUCCCCUUUCUGUUCCUAGGUUUGGAGCCUAUGGCAAGGAUUUGGUUCCAACACCACCUCCCCUCAGCAAACUCCUGGUGCAUAGACAUUCAGGAGAUAAGGUUGAUCCAUGAGUAAAUAAAUGAGCUUAUCUCUUGAUGUA